UCGUUCGUCAUUUCUUCGAACGGUUUUUUGAAUCUCGGCGCGAAGAGAUCUCCAGGCCGUAACUUGCUCUAGGAGAAAUCGUUUGCACAGGAUACGGUGUUGCUGUAAUGGAUUUGGUGAUGCUAGGGAAGGGAACAGAAUCUCUGAGGAAGCGCAUGAAACCAGAUGUCAAAGAGAAGGAAGAGAACCCGGGACAUAAUGCUAUCGCAGAGAUGGUAGAAAAGGAAGAGACCGAGACAGACGUUGCUGGAUCUGAAGAGAUGGAGCUUCAUAUCGCUCACGUUCUUGAUAAGAUCGAGAGCUUCACUCAGCUGGUGUCAGAGCUGCUGGAAUCAGGGAAAACAAUGUUCAAGGAACUAAGUGAUGAAUUUGAAGAGCGGUUGAUUGUGAUACACAAGGAACAGAUGGAGAGGUGGCAGGAUGAAAUGAAGGAAAUACGGCUGCUUGAUGCCACGAAUGAAGAAGUGAACGCCGCUUUACAUAAUGCUCGAUAUUUACUUCAGAACCCUCACGUAGACUCCUGAAAGGUGACUCUCAUUGUAUUUUCUUAUAUUAGCAUCAAUCUACAUUUACUGUGAGCUGAGGAACUCCACAGGACCUAGUUUUUGAGCUGAAAGUUGUAUUUUUGAACUCUCGGAACUGAUCCGGUCUCUGGUGGAGACCAAUUUUACCUGUGGUCAUGAGGAGGAAAGUUCUCUUUUGCCUCUCAAGAAAACGCACAAGUUGUGAAUGACUUGGAAACAGAUCGCUAUAUCUAGCAUUUAAGUCAAUUGAGUUACCUCAGACAUCAUCUGCAAUGGCCAUCUUAGCAGCUUGGGUGCAUUUGUUUUGAAGUGUGAUGCCAUUUCCAAAUCAGGAUGUUAGACCAAUUUUCAGCUAA